AUGUUUCAGAUUGUCAUGGAGCAGCCCGCUCGUGCUUCUCUUAACUUCGGUCGUAGAUUCAUGAGAGAGCACGUUAACACCAUGAUCGAAGUGAAAGAAGGGAUCACUGAACUCCUGAGAAUGGAUCGUUUGGACACGGAGUUUGGCCACUUCUCGCUUGCUCAUUUUUUGCUCAUGGUGGUUAUGCUCGAGAUCGGAUGUCACCCAUACUGCCUGGAAGACCAAGUGAAGCUCGGUAACUUGUGCAACAUAAUGCUGCAGCUCCUUCAAAGUGCGAUGGGUCACUGA